UUAUUCUGCUCUGCACCAACGACGCAGCAGCAGUUUCCUUGCGUUUGCUUUUCACCAACACUGCGCAAACUGACACACAGAUAUUGAGAGAGAGAGAGAGAGAGAGAGAGAGAAAUUGAUAUGUUUUUUUUUUGUUGCAAGAAAUUUUAUUUUCAUAUUUUGGAUAAAGCUUAAAGAACCAAACACCACCACCACCUACUCUCCUACCCCCUCUCUCUCCCUCUACAACCACCUGCAUAGGAUCUCAACUUCAUGCCUCUCUGUGUCUAUUACGCGUGUGUUUGUGUAUUAAUUCUCUUUUAAAGGAAGCAAUUGUCUUCAAGCCUUCAAGAAGAUACUCCAAGUUCUGAUCUUUUUUCAUCAAUUUUCUCCUUCUGGUGUGGCAAAAUGCCAACUGCACAUGCUACCCAUUUUAAUACAAACCACCAUUUUAGAGGUAGCAGCAGUGAUAUGUCAUUCCCGGGUGAGGUUGGUGCUGAUAUGGACUCUUCAGUGUCAGAUUGCUUGUCAGAGGUGGAUUUGGAGAGUGGGGUUUUGGAGGGGAAGAUGCAUUUGGGUGAUAAAAAUGAGAGAGAUUGUAGAAUUUGCCAUUUGGGUUUAGAGAGUGUUGAGCAAGAGAAUGGAGUGGCUAUUGAGUUAGGGUGUUCUUGUAAGGGUGAUUUGGGUGCUGCACAUAAGAAGUGUGCAGAGACUUGGUUCAAGAUCAAGGGUAACACAAUAUGUGAGAUUUGCAGUGCC